AUGGAAUUUCGAGAAGCUACACCGGAGGUUACUCUUCCUCUUCUGCGAGGAGGCCCUAUCACGUACAAAGCUGCCCUUGAAGAGGAAGAAAACAUGCUCCUCUACCUAGACUAUCCUAAGCAACGGAUAGAUUUCUUCACAUCAAUUUACAGCAACCGCGAAGAGAUCGAGAAGGUUGCUUCAUAUCAUCUUGGCCUUGGUUUAGAUACCUGCCAACUUGGCGAAGUAAAUAAGUGGCUUCACGGCAGUUUCAAUAUUUGCAUCCCGCUGUAUGUCGGAAAAAAAGGCCAGCCUCGUGAAAAACAGGCUAUUAUUAGGUUCCCUUUGCCAUAUAAAUUAGGGGAAUCUGCGUAUCCUGGAAACGUCGAUGAAAAACUGCGUUGCAAAGUAGCAACUUUCAUAUGGUUACAGGAGAAUUACCCUGAGGUCCCAAUACCUCACUUAUGGGGAUUCGGCCUUGUCGGUGGCCAAAUUCACAACACCUCGGAAUAUUCCUCUGCAAACCAGAAUUCACUAAUAUCUCAAACACUAUAUUUCCUAGCUCUUUAG